AUGACUGCUGAUAAAUGUCCAGUGGAAGGCUUCAAAGUUCAAUCUAAUCCAAAGGAAGGGCUCCAUUUCUUCGAUGGGAAACGGCAGAAUAUUGACAAAGGAGAUUCUUGCGGGGAAUUUGAUGUGUUCAAGCCUUCGACCGGUCAGUUGUACAGUUUGCUUGUGCCAUAUUACUGUUGACCCUAGUGGUUACACUUGCUCUGAAUGUAACCUCUAACUUUUUUUCAGGAGAAGUUGUAUGCAAAUGUUUCUCUGCUAACAAGAAUUUCGUCGACAAAAUCGUCAAGAAAGCUGGCCAUGCACAAAAGGAAUGGGGCAGUCUGACGCCCUUGGAGAGAGGAAAGAUCCUUCAACGAGCCUCGGAGAUCAUUAACGUAAGUUUAUAACUUCAGCAUGCUCAUUGACGAUCUCUUAGGAUCAUGUCGAAGAAAUCGCAAAGGCUGAGAGCUGUGGGAACGGCAAAACUUUGAAGGAGUCAAUGAAUGAUGUUUCUGGAAGUGCUACAACUUUUCAGUUUUAUGGCGGAAUUGCUCCGGCUGCGUUGAAAGGUAAGCAUCGGUCUCUUUAUGUCCUAAAAUUGUAUGUCGAUUGAAAAAAGUGUUGGUUCUUUUUCCAGGAGACUAUUUUGACAUCCCUGGAGGGUACAUCUCAUAUACUAGAUAUGAACCUUACGGCGUUAUUGGCUGCAUUGGCGCUUGGAAUUACCCGUUUGACAUUGCCUGCCGAAAGACUGCUCCAGCCUUAGCCGCAGGGAACGCUGUGGUCUACAAGCCCUCGCCAUGGGCAACGAAUACGGCCGUCAUUCUUGGAGAAAUCCUCAAAGCCGCGGGGCUACCUGACGGAGUUUAUAAUGUUCUGCAAGGCGGCACGGAAACUGGAGAAGCGCUAUGUACCCAUCCAUGUGUUCGGAUGGUCUCGUUUACUGGCUCCUAUGCUGGUGGAUGUGCUGUUCAGAAGUCUUGCGCUUCUAAUGGAAUAAAGCCGGUUACUGUGGAACUAGGAGGGAAGUCACCGUAUAUCGUCUUUGAAGACGCUUGUCCAGUUCAAGCCGCUGACGCCGCGAUUAGAGCCAACUUUAUGACUCAAGGAGAAUGCUGCACCAAUGGGACAAGAGUCUUUGUUCACGAGGCAAUUAUGGAGAAAUUCCAAGAAAAUUUAUUGAAGAAAUUGGAGCCAUUAAAAGUUGGCGAUCCUUUUGAUAAGGAUACAAAUGUUGGUGCUGUAAUUUGCGAGGAUCACUUGAAAAAAGUUGAAGGAUUUGUGAAAAGAGCUGUCGAGGAUGUAAGUCUUGAUUUGGUAUUUAAUUGAGCAUUUCAGGGAAGAAUACUUGCAUAUUUUAAAUUUUUAUUUUUGAUGAUUAAAGGCAACCUUUUUACAGGGAGCCAAACUACUUCGCGGGGGAAAGCGCCUUCGUCCCAAAGGAGUUGAAAAUGGAUUUUACUUUGAUCCGGCGGUCAUGACCAACGUCCGCGAUGACAUGGAGAUCGCCAUAGACGAGGUUUUUGGUCCUGUCAUGGUGUUGCUCCCAUUUAAAUCCGAGGAAGAAGUUAUUAAACGGGCGAAUGACACAAUGUAUGGCCUUGCUGCCGGUUUGCAUACCAACUCUCUUCAACGGGCUCAUCGAGUUUCGCACCAACUGGCCGCUGGCAAUGUCUUCGUCAACACUUACAAUAUGCAGCAGCCGUUUAUUCCUUUCGGUGGAUAUAAGAACUCGGGGCAUGGAAGAGAAAACUCCGAGGAAUGUCUGAAAGAACAUGCUCAAAUCAAAGCGGUUUACUUAAACGUAGGAGGAGAUAUUCCACAUGUCAUGAAUUAA